AUGCUAAAUAUCUGAAACUUUACUAAUUAAAUUUCACUGCUUCAAUAAACUAAGGUGAUCGUUUGAAUAAAGUAACUUGACCCGAAGGAGAAUCUAGCAAGGUGAUAUAUGAGAAAUUCUGAAGCUUUACUUCAUUAACUUUUUAACAUGGCAGGGUUGUUGUCGGCUAUAAAAGCAUAUCUGACAAGGAUCUGGGAGCUCUUGUAGAAACAUUUUUGUUUUGAAGAGGUUUUAGUUUUUAUUUUGCAGAUGUUUUCAUUCUUGGGAAGACUUUUGAAUAGGUAAUAUCGAUCUUUUGUGCAUCCUUUCAAGGUCAGUUCGGUGGUUAUUAUUCUUGUAAUGAAUAAUUUUUGUUUGUUUACUGUUCAAUUCAAUUCAACUGUUGUUUCCUUGUUCAUCUCAUCACAUCAAUCACUGACUUAUAAUUGGAUUAUUGAACUAGUUAACCUAGUUGGCAUAUCUGGUUCAGUAUUAGUUUACGCAUUUUUGUCUAGAUGGUAAGUGCAAGUGGGGUUAUUUCAAUUCUACAUUCUCUGUUUCUUUAAGGAAACUUAACUUCUUUAACUUCUGAUUUAGUUUUCUGGUCUGGAUCUGAUUAUUAUAUUCAAGUUCUUCUUUAGCAGUGGUUUAUUCAUAUACUGGUGUACUCAAAGUUAAAUCAUACAUGUUUUUUAUUUUCUACUGGGGUUACCCUGAUAUUCAUUCUAGCAUGUAACAAAUAUAAAGAAUUAGAUGUACACCUGUACUGUACCAUCUAGCAGUAAUUUUAAAACUCUGGAGGAUCCGAAUCUAAAGAUAUGAGACAAUAAAAAACCAUGAUUGUGUAAUAAUUCUGUUUCAGUAGAACAUGUCGAAAAAGAGACUUCUGUAAAAGCUGUUGAAAAGAAAACUCAGAAUCUGUAACUAAUAUAUGAAAAAGCGUUUUCAGUAAAAGGAUGAUGACUACUUAAGUUCUUCCUUCUGAGAAGUUCUUUACUUCAUCUUUUUCUUCCCUUGAUUUUGAGACUCACUUAUGAUGUUUCGUGCAUGUCCCAGAGUUCAUCAUCACCUGCAAUAAAGUUAUGAGACCGGUGAAAGGAGAUGAGUUUCCAUAUCACAGAGCAACAUGCUUAACCUCCAAGUAAAAAAAAAAUGGUACAUCUUAUUCUCAUCCUAAUACUGAUCUAGAUCAGAGAAACACAGUGCAAUUCAUGGAGGACAACGGAAGAUUCUAUGAGAAAUCCUUUUCAAAUGGGGAUGUGUACAUGGGUAUGAUAAAGGGCAUUCUGCCACACGACCAGGGAAAGUACACAUGGUCAGAUGGAACAGUGUACGAGGGUGAUUGGGAAGGUGAGAAAAUAACAGGAAAGGGACUGGUUUUGUGGUCAAAUGGAACACAGUACGAGGGUGAAAUAUGUGGAGGUUACCUACAUGGUUAUGGAACACUUACAACAUCAUCAGGGUGCAGUUAUAGAGGGGGAUGGAAGAUGAAUUCUCAGCAUGGGAUUGGACUAAAGAAGUAUUCCAAUUCAGAUAUUUACGAGGGUUUAUGGAAAGAAGGAGUUCCUGAAGGUAGUGGAAGAUAUACUUGGAAUAACGGAAACAUAUAUGUUGGGAAUUGGAAAAAUGGGACAAUAGAUGGUAGAGGAGUUAUGAAGUGGGUUAAUGGUGAUACUUUUGAUGGUUUCUGGUCAAAUGGGGUUAUGCAUGGAUCAGGAGUUUAUAAUUUUGGAGAUGGAGGUCUUUAUAUUGGGACAUGGAAUAGAGGCUUAAAGGAUGGAAAAGGAGUGUUCUAUCCAGCAGGUAGUAAAAAACCAUCAUUAAGGAUAUUGCAUAGCCCUCAUGACAGUGAUGAUAAUGGUUUCUUGUUGAAUAUUGAAAAACAUGAUGCUCCAAAACCUAGAGUUAAGCGUAGUCUUUCUGCAAACAUUGCUGUCAUUAACAGAUUCAAAAGUUUUCGUCAAAUAUCUCACAGGACUUCCUCAUUGAAAAUAAAUUUGAUCCGUAGUGAUGAUUCUGCUCAAGACUGUGUGUGUCACGAUUCUUCCCUUGCAUUAUUACCCAAUGACUUAGAUGAAGAUCAAUCUGAGGGAUCAGUUAAAAGUACUCUGGUUUAUGAAAGGGAGUACGCACAAGGUGUUCUGAUUAUGGAGAGAAUCAGUGAGUGCUCAGAGUCAUCACGCAAGAAAAAACAGCAAAAUAAGUUUAGUGUGAAGCAAGUAAAGAAGAGUUCAUGUUUGGACAUUUUUCAAGGCCGGAGAAGCUAUUAUCUUAAGCUUAAUUUGCAGCUUGGCAUCAGGUAUACUGUUGGAAAAAUUACACCAGUGCCUGCACGCGAAGUUCGAUCAUCUGAUUUUGGGGAUCGAGCUAGAAUAAGGAUGUACUUUCCAAGAACUGGUUCAAAGCUUACUCCACCACAUUGUUCAAUAAACUUUUACUGGAAAGAUUAUUGCCCUAUGGUGUUCAGGAAUUUGAGAGAGAUGUUCAAGUUAGAUGCUGCAGACUACAUGAUGUCCAUUUGCGGAGACAGUGGUCUAAGGGACUUAUCUUCACCUGGAAAGAGUGGCAGCAUCUUUUAUCUCUCUAAAGAUGAUAGGUUUGUGAUUAAGACUGUGAAUAAAUCUGAACUAAAGGUUCUGCUUAGGAUGCUCCCUAAAUAUUAUCGUCAUGUAGGAGAUCAUGAAAAUACUCUUAUAACAAAAUUCUUUGGACUCCAUAGAAUAACAUUAAGAGGUGGAAAAAAGGUCCGUUUUGUGGUCAUGGGAAAUGUGUUUUGCACAGAAUUACAAAUACACCGUCGUUAUGAUCUGAAAGGAUCUUCACAAGGAAGAUAUACAGAUAAUGAUAAAAUCAAUUGCAACACAACAUUAAAAGAUCUUGAUCUGAAAUACGAGUUUCAUAUGGAUAAAAAAUUGCGAGAAUCCCUUCUCAAGCAAAUUUCCCUAGAUUGCAAGUUCUUGGAGUCACAACAUAUAAUUGAUUACAGCCUUCUGUUGGGAUUACAUUUCCGAGCUCCAGAAAAUAUGAAGGCCUUCGUGGAACAUCAUGAAUCAAUGCAGCAUCAGGAGAAUUUACCUUCCGGAGAUGUGAAAGAAGAGGAACACUUGAUUCUCCCCAAAGGCUUGCUAUUAGUUUCUCACGAACCAAGCAUAGUAAACACAGCACCUGGACCUCACAUUAGAGGGAAUACAUUGAGAGCAUACUCAAUGGGUGAUAGUGAAGUUGAUCUUUUACUACCUGGUACUGCAAGGUUGAGGGUGCAGCUUGGAGUAAACAUGCCAGCACAAGCUACUAGGAAAAUUGAGGAGGAUAAGGUGGCAAAAGAAGUAGAACUUUUUGAGGUAUAUGAUGUUGUGCUCUACAUGGGCGUAAUUGAUAUAUUGCAGAGUUAUAAUCUGAAAAAGAAAAUUGAGCAUUCAUACAAAUCGCUCAAAUUUGACCCUAUGACAGUAUCAGUAGUUGAACCCAAAAUGUAUGAUCAACGUUUCCUCAAAUUCUUGGAGGAAAAAGUUUUCCCUGAGACCCCUUGAAAGUUAUUUUUGGUUUAAUCCUUCUUUGUAAAUUAAAUGUUUCAAAGAAGGAGUGUUUGUUUUUUUUUCUCUGCCUCAAUCUCAUUCCGGUAUAUGCAGUUUCUUUGCAUAAUUCUCCCAGAAUCACUUUUGUUAAGUCUUCCAAUAUGUUGUACAAAUAAUUCAUAUAUUACAAAAGCUUUGAAAGGAGUAUUCACAUACU